AUGAUGAACCACUGCUGUUCCCUCGCCCUCGUGCCCCGAUCCAUUUAUGCAUGGAAGAAGGCGAAAUGGUCUCGCUUUAGAGAAAUGCCAAACGCACAGUGCAACAAACUUCUUAAAGAGAAAACGGGCGUUCACAAGAGAGAACGACUACUGACCUCCGCCAUCCGUAUCGCAACAGCCGCGGCGGUUCCCCGCGGGGGUCGAGAUACUACUCCUUAUUGGACUCCAGAAUUGGAUAAAAUCGAAAAGAAGAUUCACAGUUGUAAACCCUCUGUCUCCCGAGACAGACUGGUAGCUCACAGAAGAGAGAUGCCAAGACAAGCAUCCCAUAAGAGAUGGGAAACCCUCUGCAAGAACAUUGCCGUGGCAGGCUGCUGA